UCAGUACUGCCAAAAUGACAGUUUUUAAUGACAUACUACAGAGCCGUGCUUUAUUUACAAUUUAAUCAGGAUAAUAAAAAUUAUCCAUAGGUCAAUGACUUUGAAUUCAUAUUCAACUGCCUACUAGGUCCUACUAGGUAGUAGCACCAGGUGUAAUAAGUGUAGUAGUGUACAACUUUUAUCCCCUCCGCUAGUGGCCUUGCAGUGGCAUCGUUGCCGUUCUUUAAUUUUUAGACAACAGUAAACAGUUCCCGAGUUCGAGUUGUUUUAGUUCGAAGUUGGAGUUAGUCGCGUGUAUAAUAAUAGUUAAAUCCGGUGAGUGCCUGUCUGUCGGUACUGAUUUGUGUUUAAUGUCAAAAUGACGAAUUCGUACUAUGAAGGAAGUAAAAUGUUUUUAUGGCUGGCUAAUCUAACAGGCAUUAAUGUUGACCAGGUGAAUUUUUUGAUUAGUCAGUUCGUAGCCCUCGCAUUGGCAUCCCUUUUUCGCACAGUAUUACAUCCCUCCAAAACAAAUUCUGCUACAAGACAUGGUUUCGGUCUUAUUGUCGGACUCAUCAUCGGCUAUUUUUGCUUCGGAACGCAAGCUAUCCAUUUGGCAGGAUUACCAGCGUUAUGUUACAUAGUGAUAAGAACUCAAAGUCCUGAGAUUAUGCAGAGAAUGGUUUUAGCCGUUGCCCUUUUGUAUCUUUCAGCCAUACACCUACAUCGGCAAAUGUAUGAUUAUGGAUCCUACAGUUUGGAUGUUACAGGUCUUUCUAUUUCAGGUCCGUUAAUGGUAAUAACGCAGAAGGUAACCAGUUUGGCAUUCAAUAUACACGAUGGUCUUACGCGGAAGGAAGUGGACUUGUCAAAAAAUCAAAAGUAUUACGCAGUGCGUCGUAUGCCCACAGCCCUCGAGUAUUUCAGUUACGCCCUAAACUUCCCCGCCUUGAUGGCUGGCCCUGCCAUAUUUUACAGGGACUACAUGGACUUCAUUGAUGGCAAGAGCUUCAUGACGGUAACAUCCAAUGGCACAAUUGAUAAGAAGAACCAGGACAAAACUGUAGUAAUCGAGCCGUCACCCAUAAAAGUUUGUUUCCAGAAGGCAAUUUUGUCUUUGAUAUGCGCCUUCAUAUACAUAAAGUUCACCCCGAUGUUUCCCAUUGCCAGUUUAAAAGAUGACGAUUUCGAGAACAAAAGUCUUACGUACAAGUUUGUUUAUUUGCACAUGGUCACCAUGCUGGUCAGAUUCAAGUAUUACUUUGCCUGGUUAUUGUCCGAUGCGAUCUGUAAUAAUGCAGGGUUGGGCUUCAACGGGUACGACGAGCACGGUGCUUUCAAAUGGAACCGAUUCUCGAACAUCAAUAUAUUGAAAUUCGAGUUUGGUUCAAACUUGCGUGAAAGCAUAGAAGCUUGGAACAUGGGAACCAAUAAAUGGUUACGUAUGGUGGUGUAUGAGAGAGUACAAAAUUACCCUAUCGUUCUAACGUAUGCCUUAUCCGCCCUGUGGCACGGAUUUUAUCCAGGUUACUAUUUAACUUUUGCAAACGGAGCCAUUUUUACAAUAGCUGCCAGAACGAUGAGGAGAACAGUAAGGGAUUACUUUACGGGCAAUGCAGAACUGAAGUUGAUCUAUGACAUUGCCACAUGCAUUUUAACCCGUUUAGUUAUGGCUUAUAUUACGUUUACUUUUGUACUACUUGAUUUUUGGCCCAGUGUUCGGCUCUACCUACAUAUGCACCUGUGCCUUCAUAUUGUAGCGGUGAUAGCGAUCCUGAUAGUGCCUCGGGUGAUUCGCAGAGCAGUUCCUGGUGAUUCUAGUCAGCUGUCCGCUAAAGGCAGAAUCGCGCACGCCCUUAGGAAGGCCAGCCCACUCACCAAUAGCGUCUCCAAUCACCAUGACUGAAUUUAUUUAUUUAUUGUUUAUUUUACCUACCAAACAACUAACUAACUAUACAUAUAUAAUACAUAAGUGAUUUACUACCCGCCA